UUUAUGCGUGAUAAAUUGGUAUUGAAAUAAGAUUGAUGGAGGUCUUUAUGUCAAGAAGGAAAGCAAAACUUGAAGCACGGGAGAAUCACUUCAAUUAAUUAAUCAAGCAUAAAGCGAAACUGAGUUGCUUUUCACGCCGGAGACGACGGUGGCGGCGGCAACCGUCUAGCUUCAGCGACGCUCCUUCGAAGUUGGCGGUGCUGGUUCCCACUUGAAGUGACGUGUGGCGCACCUAACCUCUUAGGUGCGCGCACUUCAACGCGUGGUUUCGUUUCCGAUCUAUGAUCUAUCUCUCUGAAUUCUGAUCAUUGAAGAAGAGAGAUGUGGGUGUUUUACCUGAUCUCGCUACCUCUAACAACUGGCAUGGUGCUUUUCACCUUGAGGUACUUCGCUGGCCCUGAUGUUCCUCGCUACGUGCUUUUCACUGUUGGAUACACCUGGUUUUGCUCCCUCUCUGUCAUCAUCCUCGUCCCCGCGGACAUUUGGGCGACGAUGUCUUCUCACUCUGAGAAUGGAGGUAUCUCUUUCUUUUGGAGCUGGUCAUAUUGGAGUACAUUUUUGCUUACCUGGGCUGUGGUGCCCCUUAUUCAGGGUUUCGAAGAUGCUGGGGAUUUCACUGUAUCAGAAAGAUUGAAGACUAGUGUACAUGUUAACUUGGUCUUCUAUCUAAUUGUGGGAUCCAUUGGCCUUUUCGGACUUGUUCUUCUCAUUAUGAUGCACAGAAGCUGGACUGGAAGUCUUCUGGGAUUUGCCAUGGCUUGUUCAAAUACUUUUGGACUUGUUACUGGUGCAUUUCUUCUUGGCUUUGGUUUGAGUGAAAUUCCUAAAAGCAUUUGGAGAAACGCUGAGUGGACCACCCGCCAAAAAGUACUUUCUCACAAAAUUUCCCAAAUGGCUGUCAAACUCGAUGAUGCUCACCAAGAACUUUCAAAUGCCAUUGUUGUUGCUCAAGCAACAUCCAAGCAGAUGUCCAAGCGUGAUCCUUUGAGACGUUAUAUGGAUGUCAUUGAUGAUAUGCUUGCUCAAAUGUUUAGGGAAGACCCAUCCUUCAAACCACAAGGUGGCCAAUUAGGGGAAAAUGAUAUGGAUUAUGAUACAGAUGAGAAGUCAAUGGCAACACUAAGGCGUCAUCUUCGAAAAGCUCGUGAGGAGUAUUACAGAUAUAAAAGUGAGUAUAUGACUUAUGUACUGGAAGCCCUUGAAUUGGAAGAUACAAUGAAUAAUUAUGAACGCCGCAAGUCAACUGGAUGGGAAUAUAAUUCAAGCAUUAGACCUGCUCGGACUGGCAAGUUGGGGUCUGUAUUUGAUACUUUAGAAUUUUGCUGGAGAUGCAUUUUAAGGAAACAAGUUGAGAAAGGCUUGGCUGUUCUACUUGGUAUCAUGUCUGUUGCAAUACUUUUAGCAGAGGCAACUCUUUUGCCUAGCUUUGAUUUAUCACUUUUCUCCAUUCUUAUAAAAUCUGUGAGAACACAGGAGAUGCUUGUACAGGUGUUUGCUUUUGUUCCUCUCAUGUAUAUGUGCAUGUGCACAUACUAUUCCUUGUUCAAAAUUGGAAUGUUGAUGUUUUACUCACUGACACCCAGACAGACUAGCUCAGUUAACUUGCUUAUGAUAUGCUCGAUGGUUGCUCGAUAUGCCCCCCCAGUUUCAUACAACUUUCUUAAUCUCAUUCGACUUGGUUCUAAUAAAACGACUAUAUUUGAAAAGAGAAUGGGGAACAUUGACAAUGCUGUCCCUUUCUUUGGGGAUAAAUUUAACAAAAUCUAUCCACUUAUUAUGGUUACAUACACCCUUUUGGUUGCAAGCAACUUCUUUGACAGAGUAUUUGAUUUUCUGGGAAGCUGGAAGAGAUAUAUUUUCAAAACUGAAGAUGAUGAUAUGGAUGGUCUUGAUCCAUCAGGAGUAAUUAUUUUACAAAGAGAGCGGUCUUGGCUUGAACAAGGACACAAAGUAGGGGAACAAGUUGUUCCCCUGGCAAGGAAUUUUAAUGGUGUUGAUAUUGAAUCGGCAAACAAUUUAAUGGAGAGACAUGUCGAAAUGAAGACAAAUUCCGAUGUAAUUACCGAAGAAACCAAUGGACUGUCUAAAAGUUCGAGGGAAGAGACAAGCAGAUAUGGUUCGAGCAGGGAAGCCAUCAGUAACAAAUAUGCUGCCAUUAGAGAGCAGGGAGGUCCAGCAUCUAAACGGAAGGCAGAAGAGAAAAAUGUAGCCUCUGCCAAUUCCGUCCUUGAUAAAGGCAGUAAUUCCGGUGGAGCGCCUUCUUCAGGUUUGGCUUCGACGUGGCUAAAUAUGAAGACAGGAUUUCAGAGUUUCAAGGCCAACAUAGGAGCCAAGAAGUUUUUACCAAUACGGCAAAUACAGGAAAGUAAUGUGUCUUGUGUGUCGUCAUCUGAGUCCCUUGAUGAGAUAUUUCAAAGACUCAAAGGGACUUCUUUGGACCAAAAUACUUACAAUGAAGAGGACUAAGAGGGAAGCCAAUACAGUAUUUAAGGUCCCUCUAGAUGACUUCCAUCGUUUGGCAAGAGCUUAGAAGUGUAAAGUGCAAUAGGAUUGGGAAUGCAGGUCCAUAAUAUCAUGUAUAGAAAUGGUAAAUUUUUGAAUGCUGUGCUUAGAGAAAAAAAUAUACAUAAGGCCCCAAUGCAGCCUGAAGAUGGAAUUGUCUGCUACACAAACUUCACUUUAGAAAUCAAUCACACAAAAACUAGCCGAUAGUUAGACAGUAUAUAUUUAAAAUUGUGCCAGUACAGCAUUACCGAUGUUUUGCCUGGCUUAAAUUCAUAAUUUUUUCCACUGACGAGUGACUUGGAUUGCAUUGCAUUGUUUUGCGGAA